UCUUUCCUUGGUUUGGCUUGGAUAUCGGAGGGACCUUGGUCAAACUCGUUUAUUUUGAACCAAAGGACAUCACUGCUGAAGAGGAGGAGGAGGAAGUGGAAAACCUCAAAAGCAUCCGCAAAUACCUGACGUCAAAUGUAGCCUACGGAUCUACAGGCAUUCGGGAUGUGCACCUUGAACUAAAGGACCUUACCCUGUGUGGACGUAAAGGCAAUCUGCACUUUAUACGCUUUCCUACUCAUGACAUGCCUGCUUUUAUUCAGAUGGGAAGCGAAAAACACUUCUCAAGCCUCCAUACUACCUUAUGUGCCACGGGAGGUGGAGCGUACAAAUUUGAGCAGGACUUUCGCACAAUGGGUGAUCUUCAGCUUUGUAAGCUGGACGAACUUGACUGCCUUAUUAAAGGAGUUUUGUACAUUGAUUCGGUCGGAUUCAACGGGCACUCGGAGUGCUACUAUUUUGAAAACCCGACGGAUGCUGAGAGGUGUCAGAAGCUCCCGUUCAACUUGGAGAAUCCCUAUCCUCUCCUUUUGGUGAACAUCGGCUCAGGAGUCAGCAUUUUGGCUGUGUAUUCAAAAGGGAACUAUAAACGGGUCACGGGCACCAGCCUGGGAGGAGGAACCUUCUAUGGUCUCUGCUGCCUUCUUACCGGUUGCUCCACCUUCGAAGAGGCCCUCGAGAUGGCAUCCCACGGAGACAGUACCAAAGUGGACAAGCUGGUGCGGGACAUUUACGGAGGAGACUACGAGCGAUUUGGAUUGCCGGGCUGGGCCGUCGCGUCCAGCUUUGGAAACAUGAUGAGCAAGGAGAAGCGGGAAUCUGUCAGCAAAGAGGACCUUGCGAAGGCGACUUUAAUAACCAUCACCAACAACAUCGGCUCCAUAGCACGGAUGUGUGCGCUUAACGAGAACAUUAAUCGAGUGGUGUUCGUUGGCAAUUUCCUCCGGAUCAAUACAAUCUCCAUGCGGCUUCUGGCGUAUGCUUUAGACUACUGGUCGAAGGGACAGUUAAAAGCACUUUUCCUGGAACACGAGGUGAAAUUACUUUUAAAAUUUAUUUUGUCUUCUGUCUGA